AUGUUUUCCUCCAAGUUUUUACAAUAUUCCACGUCCACAGCUUCAAGGCUGCGUGGCGGGAUUAGAAACGGCCCACUGCGGCGCAAAGUGGGAUCUGGAGCUACUAGAAGAAACCUGGCGUCAUUGACAUCGAAAUUCAGUGACCCCAGCAAGCGCACUCGUGCCCUUAAAGCAUCAAUUUUCACCACAACUUCGGCCUCCGCUGCAGCGCUAUUGUAUUCGUUUUUGGACCAGUCUCCAGGCGAUAUCAAGCCCUCAGAGGUUAUGUUGCACAAUCAACUGGACGACUGCUGGAUUGUGCUCAAUGGCGAGGUUUACGACGUUACUGAAUUUUUGCAAAUGCACCCAGGUGGUGCAGCCAGAAUCAUGCAAGUGGCCGGUAGAGACGCGACCAAAACUUUUUACUCCAUCCACUCCGAUUCGACUUUGGAGAAAAUGAAGAGUUCGCUAGUAUAUAUCGGCAAACUCAAGGGUACUUUCAACAUAGUGGAGUCCGAAGAAGAGCUCAGAUUGAAAGAAGUGCGCCAGAAAAUGCCACCUCUCACCCGCAUCUUCAACCUUUCCGAUUUUGAAGGGAUCGCCAGAGAAGUGUUGCCUAAGAGCACAUUUGCAUACUACGCUACAGGUGCCUCUGACGAGUUUUCCAUUCGUGAAAAUCACUACGCGUACGGAAGAGUAUUCUUCAAACCCAAAGUUUUGCAAGACAUCGAAUACGACGUCGACACUUCUACCGAGUUCUUGGGUACCAAAGUCGAUUUGCCCUUUUACAUCUCCGCUUUCGCGGGCUCGAAGCUCGCCCAUCCUUUGGCUGAGUUGAACUUACAGGCCGUGGCCGAAAGAGAAAACGUUAUGCAAAUGGUUCCAAAGCAAUGUUCAUACAGCGUGGACGAGUUCUUCGAGCAUGUCCCUGACACUCAAAACCACUGGUACCAAUUCCACUUUGACAAUCUCGAGGAAUUAAACAACUUCCCCAAAUUGAUCAAGAGACUCGAACAACAGCCUAGUGUCAAGGGAAUUUUCGUGAACGUCGAUUUGCGUGACAUCGGUAAUAGAGAAAAGGACACGAGGCAAAGAUCUGUUGACACCACUACCAGCAAGGAGCUUUCUUCCAUUGUCACCAGCAAAAUGGCGUAUGCCAAGUUCACCUGGAAGGAUGUUGACAAGAUCAUUGCUUCUACUAAAUUGCCAGUGUGUUUGAAAGGUGUACAAAGAGGUGAGGACGUGGUUCUUGCCGCAGAAAGAGGUGUAUCCGCUGUUGUGUUGUCGAAUCACGGCGGUAGACAGUUGGAUUUCUCUCGUCCUCCACUUGAAGUGCUAGCCGAGGCGAGAACGAUGUUGAAGGAAAAGAACCUUGAAGACAAGAUUGAGAUCUACCUUGACGGUGGAGUGAGAAGAGGCUCCGAUAUCAUCAAAGCUCUUUGCAUGGGUGCCAAAGGUGUUGGUAUGGGCAGACCAUUUUUGUAUGCCAUGGCUGGAUAUGGCGAGCCCGGUUUGGAGCACUUGGUUAACAUUCUACGUGGUGAAAUCAAGAACAAUAUGAGACUUUUGGGCGUUGAUCGCAUUUCUGACCUAGAUGAAAGUUUAGUGGAUUUCAAGAGUCUACAGUUCCGCAACCCUCGUGCCAACGACACCCUUUACGAUCAGGGCUACAUGCCAUUGAGCUUUCCUGCCUUCAAAUAA